CACAGCUUCAAGUUGAAGACAAGGGGACGACUAGCUAGCUAGAGAAAUAACAGGAAAUUAGAAACGAUAAGAAAAUGAAAGAUACCAUCGUCUCAGAGGACCAGACAGCAGUCAGACUCCGCCGUGUCUCCCAUAUCCAUCGAUCACCUCGCCGGCAGAACCUGUGCCCUGUAUAUAAACAGCCUCCAAGCUGAGGAGCGGGCCCGGGUACGAACUGCGGCGCGCCUUCGGAUGAAGAAGAUGGGAGGGGUAUCAGGGGCCAGGGAACAGCUCGCAGCCAUGUCCGGCAUUCUAUUCUUCCUCUUCAUCUUUUCCUUCUCCACUGUUUCUGCCUCCACCGAGCAAAACCAGAUCUAUAUAGUGUAUCUGGGCGAGCACAUGGAAGCGAAGUCGAAGGAAGUGAUCCAGGAGGAUCACCAUGCCCUCCUCCUCUCCGUCAAGGGCAGCGAGGAUAAGGCGCGGGCGUCGCUGCUGUACAGCUACAAGCACAGCCUGAAUGGCUUCGCGGCUCUUCUCUCCGAGGAAGAAGCCACGGACCUAUCAGCCAGGACAGAGGUGGUGUCUACCUUUCCGAGCGAGGGGAGGCGGUCCCCGCACACCACGAGGUCUUGGGAGUUUCUGGGCUUCGAGGAAGGCCUUGACAGUAGCGAGUGGCUGCCGUCCGGCGCUAACGCCGGCGAGAAUGUCAUCGUAGGCAUGCUCGACUCCGGGAUUUGGCCGGAGUCGAAGAGCUUUGGCGACGAAGGGCUCGGGCCAGUACCGGCUCGGUGGAAGGGGACUUGCCAGGGAGGAGAUUCCUUCAGUCCCUCGUCCUGCAAUAGGAAGGUCAUAGGCGCUCGGUACUACCUCAAGGCCUACGAGGCUCGCUACGGCCGGCUGAACGCCACGAACGGGUAUCGCUCGCCGCGGGACCACGACGGCCACGGCACCCACACGGCGUCCACCGUGGCGGGCCGCACCGUGCCGGGCGUGGCGGCGCUCGGCGGGUUCGCGGCCGGCACGGCGUCCGGCGGGGCGCCGCGGGCCCGCCUGGCCAUCUACAAGGUGUGCUGGCCCAUCCCGGGGCCCAACCCGAACAUCGAGAACACCUGCUUCGACGCCGACAUGCUUGCGGCCAUGGAUGACGCGGUCGGCGACGGCGUCGACGUGAUGAGCGUCUCCAUCGGGUCCUCGGGCCAGCCGGUGCGGCUCGCGGACGACGGCAUCGCCGUGGGCGCUCUGCACGCCGCCAGGCGCGGCGUGGUGGUCGUGUGCAGCGGUGGGAACUCCGGCCCUGCGCCGGCCACCGUGUCGAACCUCGCGCCGUGGUUUCUCACGGUCGGUGCCAGCAGCAUCGACCGCUCUUUCGACUCGCCCAUCAGGCUUGGCAAUGGCAAGCUGGUCAUGGGUCAGACUGUAACGCCAUAUCAACUUCAGGGCAACAGGGCGUAUCCGAUGGUUUAUGCAGCACACGCCGUUGUUCCUGGCACUCCUGCCAAUGUUUCCGACCAAUGCCUGCCAAAUUCACUUGCGGCAGAGAAGGUGCGAGGGAAAAUCGUGGUGUGCUUGAGGGGGGCCGGCCUGAGGGUGGCCAAAGGCCUGGAGGUGAAGCGGGCGGGCGGCGCGGCAGUUGUCCUCGGCAACCCGCCGAUGUACGGGAGCGAGGUCCCCGUCGACGCGCACGUGCUCCCGGGCACCGCAGUCUCCAUGGCCAACGUCAACACCAUCCUCAAAUACAUCAACUCCACCGCGAAACCAACUGCCUACCUAGACAGCUCGACGACAGUCCUGGACGUCAAGCCGUCGCCGGUGAUGGCGCAGUUCUCGUCGCGUGGUCCCAACGUCCUCGAGCCCAGCAUUCUCAAGCCUGACGUGACGGCGCCAGGCCUGAACAUCCUGGCGGCGUGGAGCGAGGCGUCGUCGCCGACAAAGCUCGACGGGGACAAUCGCGUGGUGAAGUACAACAUCAUGUCGGGGACAUCCAUGUCGUGCCCGCACGUCUCCGCCGCCGCCGUCCUCCUCAAGUCGGCGCACCCGGACUGGAGCCCCGCCGCGAUUCGGUCAGCCAUCAUGACCACCGCUACAACGCACAACGCGGAAGGCAGCCCGAUAAUGAACGCGGACGGGACGGUGGCAGGGCCCAUGGACUACGGCUCGGGCCACAUUCGGCCCAAGCACGCGCUGGGCCCAGGCCUCGUGUACGACGCGUCGUACCAGGACUACCUCCUCUUCGCCUGCGCCAGCGGCGGCGCGCAGCUCGACCACUCGUUCCGGUGCCCGAAGAAGCCGCCGCGUCCGUACGAGCUCAACUACCCUUCCCUGGCCGUCCACGGCCUCAACGGAUCAAUCACCGUGCACCGGACGGUGACCAACGUCGGCCAGCACGAGGCGCACUACCGCGUCGCCGUGGUCGAGCCCAAGGGCGUCUCGGUGAAGGUCUCGCCGAAAAGACUCAGCUUUUCGAGCAAAGGGGAGAAGAAGGCCUUCGUGAUAAAGAUCGUAGCGAGAGGGAGAAGAAGCGCGCGAGUGAACCGGAAAUAUCUGGCAGGUUCGUACACGUGGAGCGAUGGAAUCCAUGCCGUGAGGAGCCCUAUUGUCGUUCUCGUCGCGUGAUUGUUCUUGCUCCGAGGCGAUUCGGAAGAAGAAGCACACGGCAUGCGUUGCUUGAAUCAAGUGGAAAGUAAAGCUCUUGGCCAAAAAAAAAGAAUGUAGUGGAAAGUAAAGCUGUAAUAUCGCUGUUGUCUGCAAAGUUCAUAUCUUCAGAUGACGCAACGCUCGUCACUUUACAGUUUACACCCUCGAACGUAGCACUGCUUGAAGGAAUUUUUCCUCUCCUGAUAAACAGCCACGAAAUUGUCACCUACUGUUUUCCUAGAAAAUAACAACCGCGAGACUGAUUCGUGUG